AUGGAUACUCUUCAGAAGUCAGUGAUUACACCUCUCCAGCCCUACCUGGCGCCUAUUGUCUCCGCCAUCCCGGAGCCAGUGCACGAUGCCGUCGUGUCCUUGAUCGGAAAGUCCUGCCACAGCGCAUUAUUGCUCGAUCUCGAUGUCACUAAGGACCCUGCCUGCACAUCGCUGGCCAUCUCGAAGGCCCUCGGCAUUGCCAUCGUUGGUGCCAGCGCCGUUGUCAAAAUCCCCCAGAUCCUGAAGCUGAUCAACUCCCGCUCGUCGGCCGGUGUCUCUUUUGUGUCCUACGCACUUGAAACUGCCAGUCUGCUCAUCACCCUCUCGUACAGCGUGCGCAACCAGUUCCCCUUCAGCACCUACGGUGAGACUGCUCUCAUCGCUGUCCAGGAUAUCGCUGUUGGUGUUCUGGUCCUGAACUAUGCCGGCCGCUCCGCCGCAGCCGCGGCUUUCGUUGCCGUUGUAGCUGCCAGCGUUUAUGCGCUGCUGUUCGACCAGACUCUUAUCGAUGCGCAGGCCAUGUCUUACCUGCAGGCUGGUGCUGGUGCAUUGGGUGUUGCUAGCAAGGCACCUCAAAUCUAUACCAUCUGGCGUGAAGGAGGAACCGGACAGCUCAGCGCAUUCGCGGUCUUCAAUUAUCUUGCCGGGUCGCUGUCCCGAAUCUUCACCACCCUCCAGGAAGUCGAUGACAAGCUUAUCCUCUACGGAUUCAUCGCUGGCUUCUCCCUCAACGUUAUCCUGGCAACACAGAUGCUCUGGUACUGGAACACUCCUGCACCCAAGCAGAAGGCUGCUGCCCCUCGAGCCAAGGCAGUCGAGGUGCCAUCAGCCCAGGCCACGGGAGCCUCUCCCCGGCCUGGCGUGAAGUCACCCACAACCCGCCGCCGAGGCUAG